AUGGCGGACCGCGUGAAUGCAAGCUCGUUUCUGGGGCUCAAGGCGGAGCUCCAUGCGGCACGGCACCGCACACUCGAUGCGCAAGCGCAGCGUCUUCAGCAAAAGCCGCUCAGCCUUGGUAAAAAGCCGCGCGGCGAGAAACGCGCGCCGGACACGGUAGACGAUACAGAGACGCAGCGACACAAAGCGUCGCGUGCGGCAUUGGAGCGCAAGGCGCGCAUGUAUACAAAGCUGCGGGAAGGGAAGCAUGGUGGACUUGAUACAAGGGGCGAUGCGCUUGUUGACUGGGAUGCAACGCUGGACACCACAGGUGCUGCGGCGGAUGCCAGCGACGAUGCCGCACUCGAUCCUGCCGACGCGUUGGUCGAGUACACGGAUGAGUUUGGGCGCACACGUAUGGACCACAAAAGCAAUACACCCGUUGCAUACAGGGAGUCUUCUGACGCACAUGAUAUGCCGGAAGAGAAUGCCAUCUACGGACCGGCGACCGCGUUUCCCGUGUACAAAAAAGAGGCUCGCACGCUGCCUGUUGCUACGGCGGACAAGGACGAGUCUUUGCAUUUCGAUCCCGACUGGGAAAUUCGAUCGCGCGGCGCAGCGUUCUAUCGAUUUGCCCACGAUAAGGCGGCGCGGCGCGCACAGCAAACGGCGCUUGGCGCGCGGCGUGCAGAGACAGAAGCGCGGCGUGCAGAAGCGCCCCAUACGGUGCAGCCACGGCUUGGAUCGCAGCGCCGAGCGGCGCGGCAAGCCGUCGUCGAUGCACAGUACGUCUUGCGCUUUGGGCGCCAUCGAUAG